GUUCAAAUGGAACCAGAAAGUAAACUGGAGAAAAAACUGAUGAAAGAUGACCAGAAUCCCAAUAACCCUCCUCCAAAGUGUCAUAAGAGAGGUCAGUGGGCCAGCAAGACGGAGUUUCUGUUGGCAGUAGUUGGAGAAAUCAUCGGUCUGGGUAACGUUUGGAGGUUUCCUUAUCUGUGCUUCAAAAAUGGAGGAGGAGUUUUCUUGGUCCCGUAUGUGUUGUUCCUGUUCACCUGUGGGAUCCCCACCUUCUUUCUGGAGGUUUCUCUGGGACAGUUCACUGGUCAAGGUGGAAUCACAUGUUGGAGAAAGAUAUGUCCUUUAUUUGAAGGUUUAGGCUACGGCAGCAUAGUGCUGAUGCUUUACACUGUAAUGUAUUAUAUCGUCAUAUUGGCCUGGGCCUUCCUCUACCUCUUCUCCACCUUUAAUGAUGUUCUCCCCUGGGCCAGCUGUAACAACACCUGGAACACAGAGGCCUGUGUUGAUUAUCGCCUGGAUUAUUCAUCAAAUGGUAACCUUUCUCAGAACGCAACUUCUUCAGUGGAAGAAUUCUGGCAGAGGAGAGUCCUGGGCUUGUCUGGAGGGAUAGAAGAGGUGGGUGCUGUCCGCUGGGACCUGGCUGGAUGUCUUCUGCUGAGCUGGAUUAUUUGUUACUUCUGUAUCUGGAAAGGAGUCAAGUCUUCAGGAAAGGUCAUCUACUUCACAGCCACAUUUCCCUAUGUGAUGAUGAUUGCUUUGCUGAUCCGUGGUGUGACUCUGCCAGGAGCCACUGAUGGUAUUCGAUUUUACCUCUAUCCUGAUCCAACACGUCUGGCUGAUGCACAGGUGUGGAUGGAUGCUGGGAGCCAGAUAUUAGUCUCCUAUGCUGUCUGCACAGGCUGUUUGGCCUCUUUAGGAAGCUACAACAAAUACAACAACAACUGCUACAGAGAUGCAUUUGGCCUGUGCCUGUUGAACAGUGCGACCAGCUUUGUGGCUGGCAUUGCAAUAUUCUCAGUCCUGGGCUUCAUGUCUUAUGAGCUUGGUGUCGACAUUGCAGCAGUGGCCGAAUCAGGUCCGGGCCUGGCUUUCAUUGCCUAUCCUCGGGCAAUAGCCUUGAUGCCUUUUCCUCAACUUUGGGCCGCCUUUUUCUUCAUUAUGAUCAUCUUUCUCGGGCUGGACAGUGAGUUUGUUUAUCUGGAAGGCCUGGUCACAUCCAUAUCAGACAUGUAUCCGUCCUUCUUUUAUGUUGGUCAUCGUCGUAAACUACUCCUGCUGCUCUUCUGUGCUGUGUCCUUCCUCGUUGGGCUCUCCAUGGUCACUGAGGGAGGACUGUACGUGUUCCAGCUUUUUGACUAUUACGCCUGCAGUGGAAUUCCCCUGAUAAGUUUUGCCAUAUUGGAGUCUGUUUGUAUCGGAUGGACAUAUGGUGCUGAUUGUUACUACAACAAUAUUAAGGACAUGAUUGGAUACCGCCCUUCCCUUUAUAUGAAAUACUGUUGGAGGUUCAUCACUCCAUGUGUCUCUUUUGGGACACUGCUCUUCUAUUUGGUGAAAUUUACUCCUCUGAGAUACAACAACACAUACUCGUACCCCUGGUGGGGUUACGCUCUGGGCCUUUUUCUCGCUCUGUCUUCAGUCCUCAUAGCACCGCUGUGGAUCCUCUACAGUCUCGCUGUAACUCCAGGAACUCUGAGACAGAGACUGAAGGUAUUGACGACUCCAGCAGAUGACCUGUUCAGAGCUAAACUUGAGGAAAAUGUGGACUCUGAAACAUACCUGUCCUCCACAGACCAUGAGCUGUGCGCUUUGAACCCGUAGGAGAAAUGUAGGAUUUCUAAUAGUGUUGAAAGACUUUGAGAAUCCUUUGGUGCUUCUUUGUAGCUAUAAACAUAAAAGAAAAGAAAAACAUAUUCUUACCCUAAAACAGAAUAUUUUUUUUUUUUUUUACAAUAAACAGUUUUAAA